AAAUAGCAGCCAAGCUUUUCAGUGAUGCCGUUCAACUUGGUUCUUGAGCUUUCAGUCUUACAUGUGUUCUGUGGACACCCUGCAUGAUAUUUGCCUGGAGAGAAAAGAAAGGUAUAAGGUUAAGGGUGGAGGAUGACUGCUAUAUGAAUUUUGUCUAUAGCAGUGUGUUUUGACUUCUAAGCUCUUUCUCGUUGUGGUAAAAGACUAUACUUUGCUUCUUUAAGCACUACAGAAGACCCGUCUAAUAGCUGCUAACUUGCUUGUAUGAUACUCAUACCUGCUGAGCACUACAAAAUCCAAGGACCAUUUAUAGCCUGGAAUGUAUCAUCUGCUCAUGAGUCAUCAAGUUCUAAUCAACUCUACUACUAACAGUUCUACAUGGCAGAAUAUCAGGGACAGGAUCUCAUUAAUGUUGGUGGGUAGGAGGGAGCAGGAGUUAGUUCCCUUGGCUUUGCAAAAGGUAGUAGCUUGUGUCCUGUCGCAGGUGAAGUACAUCUUCCAAAGCAGGAGCAGCCCUCAGGAAGCAGCGGUUGUAAUGUGCUGUUUUCAUUUGGAUUUGUAGCACCUCUUACCUGGUGUGAAGAAUGCGCAGAGCCCCUGCUUUUGUAGGUUUGCAUUUGUCUUGUUGGCAUGGCAGGUACCUUCAUCAGCUCAGAAAUGGGGUGAGUACAAAGCUGUGGAUUAUAUCAACAGGCUGAUGCUUAAUAUUUUUUUUUCUUGACCUGAUUCUAAACUGCCUCUGUAUACCUGAAAUUAGAGGCACAUGAUGUUUAGAGAGAUCUCUGUCUUGGAGGUCGAAAGACAGCAUAGGUAAUCCUAAGUCUGGAGAGAUACUGAAAGAGGCACAGCAGAAAUUACAGAGAUAGAGCUUUCAUUUUUGAGCAUGGGAAAAUAACUUGUGGUCAUGUUUGUUCAAGAGUGCAAGUGAUUUCAUUGAGCAUAUUCUGGGACACUUUGCAUCCAGAAGAAGCAGGGCAAGAAGAAAUACCGAGGAAGUGAACCAGCCCUGGAGGGUGAGAUGGGCAGUCUAGUCUACAACUGCUGUAAGCAGAUACUGUUGGAAAGAUUGUCAGCUAAUGCAGAACGGUUAGUAAUUGUGAUGGCUGUGGGCAUUGCAAGGAAGACCUGCAGUAUUUGGUUGGAGAGUCGCAACUGCUCUGAGCAGCAGUUGUGCUGGUUUUGAUGUUACACCCUCAGGAAUGCGGUCAGAUCAAACAGAUUGCAAGCCUAACUUGCCAGCCACUUCAGGGUAUCGAUAGUCCUAGGGGAAGCUUGCUGUACCUUGAAGAGUCGUCUUCUGUACUGGCAACAGUGGACUGCAGUUUUUUGUACAUUUAUAUAAAAUAUAUAUUUUUUCACUUUUUACUUCUGUUGAAAGUAAGACCAAAUGCUUGAUAAGGCCGUGAUUGAGUGCUGCAAAAAUAAUUUAAGGUCACCUCUUUGUUAGUAUCUGAGUGUCAUGAAUUGAAUGGGCUAACAGUCCAUUACCUGUAAAGUAGGUAGAACAGCUAGCUCUACCCUUGCUGCAAGCUAAGGGAUUGCCUGCCGAGGGGAACUCAUAAAACUAAGAAGAUUAAAAAUACAGAUGUUGGCUCACAAUGAAAUCAAAGAAGGGUGCACAGGGAAGAAAGCUAUGGACAAAAGCCCAUGUCCAGAACUUGCCUGAAUGCUAAUACCUUGAAUACCAUGGAAGUACUCACAUGUGCGUAGCAUUAGGAUUGUCAACCCUGUGCAAAGACAUAUACAUGCACCUAUUCUGGGGAAGUGGCAUCAGCGGAAGUGUGUUCUUCUACACAUCUGUGCAAGGCUCCCAGCUGCUAUUUAGUGGGAACCAGCGUGAACUUGCUCGCCAAAAGAACCUGAAGAAGACUCAGGAAAUCCACAAAGGGAAAAGGAAAGAAGAUAGCUUGUCUGCUUCUCAGAGAAAACAGAGGGACUCUGAAAUCAUGCAGCAGAAACAGAAGGCGGCUAACGAAAGGAAGUCUCUGCAGGCAGAAGCAAAAUGAACCGUCCCUGCAGAGCAGAUAGGAGUGCAUCGCUGAAGCAGAAAGGCCUAGAGGAUUAUUCAUGAAAAUAGCCGGCCAUUAAAUGAUUUAAGUGUUAAUCUUGCAGCCUCGUUCAGCUAGCAUUAGUUUGUCCUCUGGUUAGCAUAGGCUUAGUUGUUUGGAAUGCUGUUACCAAGCCAACUGCUCUGCAUGCAUAGGAAUGCUAGUACCAGGCGGUCGCUGUGCUACAGCUUGUGCUGCGUCUGUAGCUUUCACUGAACGGUUCCAGUAAUGAGUUUGUAAACCUACAGUUAGACCGGAUUUUAUUUGUUGUAAUUCCAGACGCUCCAUCUGAUUUGCAGUGGAACACACUUGUAACACGAGCUCAGAUGUGUGGGGACCUGACCCAAGAUGUGCGUUCACCCCUAUUUAGCUAUUUUUACAAUAAAACCUUGCAUGAAA